AUGGAUACGUCUCUCCUUGUUUUGUGGGUAUUCACAAGCAUAUGUUUUGUGCUACAGUUGCUUCCUAUAAUGUCGGUGCCUUUGACAGGAAAAGCGGUUGGGUAUAAUCUUUUUCUUAGUGAGUUCAAUGACCUCAAGUUUGGAGUGUUUGGAGUAUGUAAUAUCACCACAGACAUCUGUUCCCUGCCCAGAAUAGGCUACCCAGCCAGAUUUAACAACUUGGAAAACGCACCUUCAUCUAGCGUUGAUACAGGGUUCAUACAACUCCCCUCCAGAACGAGAUACACCGUUUCCAAAUUGCUCAUUGUCCAUGUGGUUGGAUUCGGUUUCAGUGUCAUAUUAUUCCUUAUUCUGGGAGGACUAGUGAUAAACUCGCUUUGGAACGAUCGACAAAGACGUCAACUAAAACAAUCUCGUCAACUAACUUCACCAGACGCUCUGGUGCACCUGAAAAAACUGAUUCCCAGAGCUAGGCCACCAAAAAAAUAUGACGGAUGUCUCGUUCCUUACCUCACCAUCAACUUGAUGUUAUCGCUCUUGUCAUUUCUUCUGACUUUGCUAGCAUUUCUUGUCGACAUUCUCUUAUUUGUGCCUCACCUAAGCUACGUUGGAUGGGUUCAAUUGUGUCCCGUUAUAAUCACUAUGGUGAUCGCCUGUAUGCUUUGCUUUAUGAAACGGUCUAUCGAGUCACGAAGACUCUAUGACAGACCCCACGCUAUCGAGUUCGAUGAUAUGAGGACAAAAAGAAGCAGUAAUGACUUGAGUCGUUUCUCAACGGCCAGUGAUGACGGUUUCUUUGUAUACACUAAUGGGUUCUACAGCGCUCAGAAACCAGAAUCUACUGUCCUGGACUCUAAUUUGCAUGAACCACGGUGGGAAUGGCAUAACAGAAACGACCAGUCGUCUCCUGCUCCUACACCAAGUGAAGAUGCAUUGGAGAAUUCGAGCAAUAGAACAUCGACCUAA